AUGUUUAUAGAAAUCGUUCUGGAUCAUCCUUCCUUUACCUUUCAAGAACCCGUUACCGGUAAAGUGUGUUUUGAAACAAACACGGCUUCUUCUCCCCGUUCCUUUCAAAUCACCCUUCGUGUCAAAGGAUAUGCCGUCUACCACCAUGGGUUUCUUUCUUCUCCUUCUUCCCACAAACACCCUACCAUCGCUAACUCUCCAUCCGAUAGCGACGAAACUACGGAAAUCUUUUCCCAUUCUUUUCCCGUUUCCAUUCCCGCAGGCCCUUCUGCCAAGUCCCAUGCCGUCGACUUUCAAUUCCGCUUUCCCGCAAAGUCCCUCGGCUCUCUUCCUUGCUCCAAAUCCAACGACUCCAUGGUCAAUAUUCGUUACAUGCUGAAAGCAAGCAUCCAAAAACGAUAUGCUUUUCUUAGCUCUUCUCAAAGUUGCAAGGCCGAAGUCAUUAUGGCUCCCAUCCAUUCCGUCCCCUCAACUCUACCAAAUUUGGAUAGCGCCUCCCUUUCCUUCCGUCCUACUCCUUUGACUCCUGCUUCCCCUUCUUCACCUUCUUCUCUUCCCACCCUAGCCAACAGCGCCUCUUCCACCUUUCGCCGUCCUUCUUUAAACCCUCAACUUCCUUUUGCCCAUCUCACCCCCAAUCAUGCCUCCCAGUAUUCCACCUCUUCCACUUCUUCUUCCUCUUCCACCUCUGCUCCUCCUUCCGCCGCCCCCCAACCUCCUUUCCUUUCCAUUGCUCCCACCGCUCCCUUGUCCUCUCUCUUCUCCGAAAGAUACCCUACGUCUCCCAACAGUCCUCCUGUCCAUUUCCCUCCCUCCUACUACCACCCUCAAAACUCUUCUUCCCUUGCUUCCAACCCUCCUAUUUCUCCCAGUUUCGACUUUGCUGCCACCCACUCUGCCUACUCCUCCCCUCGUCCUCAUCCUUUUCCCUCUGGCACCCCGCCGCCUCCCCAUGUCGCCCCUUCUCUCCCAUACCCUUAUGAGGCUCCUCCCUCUGCGGCUCCCACCACUUCUUCUUUCUACUCUUACUCCACUACCCCUCCUAUCCUCAGCAAGACCGGCCUUCGCUCUUACACCUCUCCCUCCGCAAGCUAUUCACAAAGACAAGUUCCAUUUGCCAGUCCUCCCCCAUCCUUUGCUCCCAACUCCGCCUCUUCUUUCCAUAAAGACUUUCCUCCCGUUUCUCCCUCCGAUCCCGUUCCCAUCGCCGGUCAACCCAACGCGUUUGCCACCCUUGCCCCCGGUGAAAAGCUAAGCAUCCACUUGGAAGAAGACGACUUGGGUGCUGAUAUCGCCGAAAGCUCUCUUUUACCAGAAAAUAAUGAUCCCAUGCUCGAUCAAACCGACGACGUCUUUCCUCCUCGAAAGAACUCUACCAUUUUUCAGAUGGAUGAUCAUUUUGUCCAGGAACACACCUCUUCUUCUCCCGCUUCUGUCGGCACUCAAAGAACCUCUUCUCUUCAUUCUUUAUCCCCAGAAGUCUGUCUUGCCUCCGAUUGCACUGUCAGCCCUUCUUCCACUCUAUCCGAAAAGGCAGCAAUCGACUUUCAUCCGGCUAAGGAUUCACGCGAACUCAACAUGGAUUAUGCCAAAGAGUUUGACGUUUUAAUCAACCAAGUUUUGCAAUCGCUCUAG